AUGUGCGUCUUUGAAAGGACAGCUGACUGGACGGUCGUAGUCAAAGUAGCUAACCAGCAGGUUGUUUUGAAAGUAGACACUGGAUCCCAGGCUAACUUGCUGCCAUAUUGUGUCUUUCGCAAAUACCAAGCGAAUGGUGACCUGAAGCCCAGCAGCUCCGUCCUUCGGUCAUACAGUGGGGACGUCAUUAAACACUUCGGUGUGGCCACCGUGCCAGUGGUCAUGAAUGACAAGUCUGGCACCUUUACCUUUUUCAUAGUGAAGAAGAGCAAACAAGCGAUAUUUGGACUACACGCAACGGAGGCGCUGGGAUUGAUGGUGCGUUCAAUCGACACAGUGGAUGCCCAAAGCUCUGACAAAGUGCUCCAAGAAUUCCCGCAGCUUUUCCAGGGUACCGGCUGUGUAGCCCGCCCAUACGGGAUGGUCUUGCAUGAAGAUUCCAUACCAGUGAUACAGCGAGCACGACGCGUCCCCUUGGCACUCAAAAAGCCACUGCGAGCGGAGCUGCAAUGCAUAGAAGAAGCCCACAUCAUUGAAAGGAUCAGUGAACCAACAGAUUGGGAAAAAAGUUGCUGCUGGCCGACAUGUUAUCAAGGGCUCCCAAAAAACCACGGGACAUCGGGCCCUCCCGGAACAACGUAG